AUGAGAGCAAGCAAAUUCUAUGAUUUGCCGGGGGCUCAUCGACCUUCACCUAGGGAUAGUGUCAAUGAAUCAAGCUCUUUAAUUGGGGAAUUUCAAAGGAGAACUUCAACAUCUUCAUACAACUAUUACUCUACACCAUCUGGUAAAGCUCAUAAAGUUUCGUCACGAUAUGAUCCAGAUAACCCCAACAAGGACAAAUUAGGUACUUUUGAUGGUGUGUUCAUUCCAACAGCACUUAACGUGCUUUCAAUUCUGAUGUUCUUAAGAUUUGGUUUUAUUCUGGGACAGUUGGGAAUACUGAGUACUUUAGGCCUACUUGUGCUAAGUUAUAGUAUCAAUCUAUUGACUACAUUAAGUAUAUCGGCAAUUUCUACGAAUGGAACUGUUCGAGGUGGUGGGGCUUACUACAUGAUAUCUAGAAGUUUGGGACCAGAAUUUGGUGGCUCUAUUGGACUGGUAUUCUUUUUGGGACAAGUAUUCAAUAGUGGUAUGAAUGCAGUGGGUCUGGUAGAGCCACUAUUAUACAACUUUGGAGCGAACAAAAAUCUAUCAGAUAAUCUAAGCGCAGGCGUAAUAUGGCCUCUAUUACCACAAGGUGAAGUAUACUCCUUCAUAUAUGCAACAACAAUAUUAUUUAUUUGCCUUAUGGUUGCCCUAGUUGGCUCACAGACAGUGUCCAGAGCGGGCAACAUUCUAUUUUUCAUCUUAUUUGCAUCAAUUAUUUCGAUACCUAUUUCAUUGCUCUUUAAAUUGCCAUUUACUGAAGGUUUUGUGAAAUAUACAGGACCUUCUUGGAAAACAUUUAAGAACAAUCUUUUCCCUCAUUUCACUAAAGGUGCAGCAGGAUCUUUGCUAAAGGGAAAGGAAAAUUUCAGUGAUAUUUUUGGUGUAUUCUUUCCUGCCACAGCAGGUAUAUUUGCCGGUGCUGGUAUGUCAAGUGAGCUUCGAAAACCUUCUAAAUCAAUACCUAAAGGGACUUUGUGGGGCUUAUUGUUCACUAUUAUUUGCUAUUCAGUAGUCGUUAUGUCUAUGGGUUGCUCUAUUCCAAGAAAUACACUAUAUAAGGAACUACAAGUUAUCCAAUCAGUGAGUGUUGUCCAAUGGCUAAUUUUUUCCGGUGAAUUAGCUACCUCACUAUUUUCUAUUAUUGUUGGUAUGGUUGGUGCUGCUUAUAUUUUAGUGGCAAUAGCAAAGGAUUCGAUAUUUCCAGGUUUAAAAGUCUUUAAUAAACACCCGCUAUCAGCAUUAUUAUUUACUUGGUUUUCAACACAACUUUGUUUAUUUCUAGAUGUGAACAAAAUUGCAAACUUCAUAACAAUGACAUUCUUAAUGACAUUUGCUGUUAUGAAUCUGGCAUGCUUUUUACUGAGUAUAUCUUCGGCACCGAAUUUUAGACCAUCUUUCAAAUAUUUUAACAGGUACACUGCACUUUUCGGUACUAUCUCAUCUGUGAUUGCGAUGCUUAUUGUGGAUGGCCUAUCAGCAUCAGAAUUAAUCUCUGCUAUGACCAUUCUGUUUCUGCUAAUUCAUUAUUUUUGCCCUCCAAAAUCUUGGGGGGAUGUUUCUCAGAAUCUGAUUUAUCACCAAGUAAGGAAAUAUCUACUAAGACUAAAACAAGACAACAUCAAAUAUUGGAGACCUCAAAUUUUGUUAUUUGUAGAUGACCCUAGGAGUAGCUGGAAUUUAAUUUUAUUUUGUAACCAUUUAAAAAAAGGUGGUCUCUACAUUUUAGGUCAUGUUACUGUAGUGAAUAACUUCCAAAAACAACUGGAUAACAUAAAGAAACAACAGAAGGCGUGGAUGAAGAUCAGGGAUAUAACAAAAAUCAAAGCGUUUGUGCAAAUAGGUACUGGUCCGUCAUUGAACUGGGGUGUCAGAAACGUAUUUCUUGGAUCUGGAUUAGGUGGAAUGAAACCUAACAUAACCGUUCUUGGUGCAUAUUACUUGAAAAAUUACAAAAAUAAAGGACCCGAAUCUGGAUCUGCAAGUUUGUCUCAGUCACGGAUUUCAAUGAACUCUUUGAAGGCCAUUAAAAGUCAGAAAAUGAUAGAUGCAAAAAUGAAUUUACCCACAGCACUUCCAACCGAUGCCUAUGAAAAUAAGGUUAAGGUUACACCCACACAAUGGGUUCAAAUGAUUGAAGAUUUAUCACUUAUGCAGUCCAACAUUGCCAUUGCUCAUGGCUUCAGAGAUUUAGAUAUUCCUCAAAGAGAUGGAAUAAAACAAGCCUCAAAAAGAGUGAUAGAUCUAUAUCCAAUUCAAAUGUGUGGAAAGCUAGAAAGUGAUGGUAAUAGACCUUCGUUAGUUUCUACUAAUCUUGAUACGUAUACUUUAAUUUUACAGUUAGGGGCAAUUUUGGUAACAGUUCCUGAUUGGAAAGAAACACACGUUCUAAGAGUUAUUUUAUUUGCAGAAAAUGUCAAUACAGUUAAAAACGAUAUCGAGAACAUGCAAAAAUUACUUGAUGUAUUACGUAUUCAAGCUGAAGUAAUUGCUGUGACUUUGGACCAGUUUAGGGUCUAUAACACAAUUGUGCAUGGUGAGCCAUCUGCUUUUGAAUACGUCAAUCGCGUCCUUGAGGAUGAUGAUUGGUGGAAUGACCUGGUUGAUGCCAGAAGAACAUUAAAUCCUAAACGCCGGUUUUCAACAGCUGAUGGUGGUAUAACUGGGAACAAAACCAUUAAGACUGAAAAAUAUAAGGUUGCUGGCCUACAAAAAUUAGGUGUUAAUCUGAAAUUAAGUUCGAGUGUUCCUAACCAGCAGAUAAUAAGUCCAUAUGAAAGUGAAAUAUCUGAUACGGAGUCUACUACGACAUCUAAACCAACAUCCACAAGUACUUUGACCUUGAACGGAUUAUUUCGGAACCAAAAUGGAAUAUAUCAUAAAAAUGACAGGAGAGUCAUGUCUCAUAAUCUUGAUUCAAGUAGUGGCAAGAAAACACUUCCGGUAUUUAGCACCGGGAAAUUACCUAAAACAAAGGUGCUUGAAGACGGUAUUGGUGACAAGCCCACAUUAAUCCCAGUAAUUGAUACCAACGAUCCAAAUGAACGGCAGUCUCGAAAGCAGGAUCUUCCAGAACUGUCUCCUCUAAACUCUAAUGAAAGCUUAGUAAAAUUAAUGGAAAACAUAAAAUUUGAUGAUCUUCCAAGCCGAGCUCAACACCUAAUCCUAAAUGAUGUUAUGAUCAAUUUAUCUAAACAUUCCAGUUUGCUAUUUUCAACAUUACCGCUACCACAACUAGGAACACACAAAGAUGAAACAGCAAGUAUGGAGUAUAUUGAAAAUCUUGACAUAUGGCUUGAUGGAUUACCACCUACUAUGCUAAUUAACGCUCAAAUGAUGACCGUAACUACUGCAUUAUAA